AUGUCUGCUGCAGCGCAUUACGUGCCGCACUCAGAGCAAACAAGAGUGCAUUAUGAACGAUUCUUGCGUGACUUGCGUCGCUGGUUACCACCUGGACUUGAUGAUGAUUUAGGUGAAAUCGCAGAAGAGACGUUAUCUAUUGUGUGUCGUUCUGGUGGUGGUGGUAGUGGUGGUAGUGCUGCUGCUGCUUCUGGUUCUAUGCACUUGCAGCAGCUUAAAAAACAAUUGGAGUUACUCUUUGACACGCCGCUGAGUGCGGAGGCUCUUCAUGAGGUGCUGCAGUAUGGUCGUUUAAUUGAUGACUUUGUAGUGGCGGAGGAUGUUGGGAAUCAUCACCGCAUGGACAACAAUGGUGUGGAGGGGAAUGAUGGUCUUGGUGGACUCUUACUGAUGCAGGAAGAGAAUCAGCAACAUAAACAGAAACAUCAACAGGGAGAAAUAUCAUCUGACUCGGAUGAUGAUGAGGAUGAGAAUAUAAACGGUAUACGAGAUAAUAGGAUGGAUUUGAUGAAAUUUGCAGCGGAUGUUGAUAUUAUUGGAGAUGGAAAUGGCGACGAUGACGACGACGAUAAUGACGAGGAUGAUAACAAUAAUAAUAACAACGCAGCUGGACGUGUAAAACGUGUUACCUUUGAAGAGGUAGCAUGUAAUCCCAACUAUGUGCGAGACUCUUUACGCCGUCUGUUUCCCACACAAACAAUAGAGGAAUGUGAACUACAAGCAGCACGUGUUUUACAAUAUGCCGCUCAGCAACAGGUGGAUCAACUCACUCUUGAGACACAACUCACUGCAUUUCUCGGUGGCUACGAUGAUGAGGCGGUGAUGGAAUGGAUUGGUAUAGUUGCCUCCUCUCGCUGGGCUAUUGUGUAUGGAUUGCGAUUUGCAGAGGGACACAAUCAAGAGGCGAAGAAUGCCGUGAUGGAUGCGAUGAAGACACAUGCCCAAGAGGAUCGUACAGUGGAGCGGCUUUAUCAAAGUGUAACGGGUAAAGAAAUUGGUCUACGCACGGAGGUUGGUGAUGGGGUUAAUAGUAAAGAUAUGAAGAAACCACUUAGACGUGUGGAUCUGCAGGCAUAUGCAUUUAAGGAUGAACGUACUCCACAUCAACACACUCGAGCGGUUGUACCUCAAGGAACUCAACGAGCAGUGUUUGAGACCCAUGAUGAAGUGAUAUUACCACCCACAGCUUCUGCUACUGGGGAGUUGCCGUGUAUUCCACUGACGAAUUUCCCCGAAUGGGCACAAGUGGUAUUUCCUGGUGUUACACAGCUUAAUCCAAUGCAAUCUAAGGUGUAUGAAUGCGCUUUUAAGAGUGAUGAAAAUAUGUUAGUAUGUGCUCCAACUGGAGCAGGAAAGACAAAUGUAGCCAUGAUGACUAUGCUUAGAGCUAUUGCUAAUGCUACUACACGAAGUGGUAAUAUUAAAUUACGUGAUUUAAAGAUGGUUUAUGUUGCACCAAUGAAAGCAUUAGUACAAGAAGUGGUACGUACCUUUUCAAAACGAUUUGAACCACUUGGACUUACAGUUGUUGAACUUUCUGGUGAUUCUAAUGUAAAUCAGGCACAACUAUACGAUGCACAACUUAUCGUCACAACUCCUGAGAAAUGGGAUGUAGUGACACGUAAAUCUGUUGAACUUGGUGUGGCCUCCUUAUUAAAACUUUUAAUUCUUGAUGAAGUUCAUUUACUUCAUAAUGAACGUGGUCCUGUUUUAGAGGCUAUUGUAGCUAGAACGAUGUUACAACAACAAUUACGUGGUGAGGCAAAUGUUCGUAUAGUAGGACUUAGUGCUACACUACCUAACUAUGUAGAUGUUGCAAGUUUUCUACAGGUUGAUAGACAACGUGGUUUAUUUGUUUUUGACAGUUCAUUUCGUCCUAUUCCACUACAACAAUCAUUUUGUGCUAUUAAAAAAGUACGUGGAACGAAUCAAGCAGCUGUAAUGAAUCUUGUAGCGUAUGAUAAGGUAUUACAAGCGGCAAUAAAUGGUGAACAAACAAUGGUAUUUGUUCAUUCUCGUAAAGAUACGGAAUAUACCGCUAUGUAUAUGAUGCGACGAGUCGUAGAGGAAAAGCGAACACAUUAUUUUGUACGUUCUGGUAGUGAAUCUGAACAGACCUUACGUGAGGCGGCAAAUACAUCUACACAUCUUCUCCGUUCAAGUCUUCAACAGAUGCUUCCCAUGGGUUUUGCAAUUCAUCAUGCUGGGAUGAGUCGUGAGGAGCGUGAGGUGGUGGAAUCCCUUUUCGCUGAGCGACAUGUGCGGGUAUUGGUGUGUACUUCUACACUUGCAUGGGGUGUAAAUCUACCAGCUAAUCAAGUGGUUAUUAAAGGCACACGUGUUUUUAAUGGGGCGAAGGGGGAAACUGAGUUAUUGAGUGCAUUAGAUGUACUGCAGAUGUUUGGUCGUGCGGGUCGUGUUGGAUUUGGUUCAUCGCUUGGCCGUGCAGCUGUGAUCACUGGAGUGGAUGAUCUACAAUACUAUCUCGCCGUGCUGAACCAGCAACUGCCAAUAGAAUCUCAAUUAAUGGGAAGACUUGUGGAUAUGUUGAAUGCUGAGAUUGUGUUGGGACAUAUUGAAAGUACAGCAGAAGGAGUACGAUGGCUGCAGCGAACAUACAUGUAUGUACGUAUGCGGCGUACACCGGAAUUGUAUGGAACUCGUGCAAAUGAUGCCGAUCCACUCUUUCUUCGACACUUGGAGAAUAUUGUGCAUACCGCUGCAGAGGAUCUUCGCCGUGCACAGAUGGUGGAUUACGAUAUGAAUGCCAGACGAAUUGCUCCAACACCAUUUGGUCGAAUUGCCUCUUUCUAUUAUGUAACAGCAUCUUCUAUGGCUACAUAUCUCACACAUCUUUCCAGUACUAUGCAUGAUGUCGAUCUGUUUCGUCUUUUUUCCAUGUCUAAGGAAUUUUCACACAUUACCGUUCGACCAGAAGAACAGGCACAAUUACAGUAUUUAUUAGAAAAUGCUCCUAUAGCUGUACGUGAAAGUCGUUAUACACCUUUAGCUAAAAUUAACAUAUUACUUCAGUGUUUUAUUAGUGAUAUGAGUUUACAAGGUUUACCAUUGAUGAGUGAACUGGUUUAUGUAAAAGACUCUGCCCAACGUAUUCUUCGUGCUCUUCAUGAGACUUGUCUUGUACGUGAAUAUGGUCGUACUGCUAUGCAAGUAUUACAAUUAUGUUUAAUGGUGGUUCAUCAACAAUGGGCCGUUCAAUCACCUGUACGUCAAUUACGGCAUAUGGUAACAGCGAAGAAUUUUGCAACUUUUAUUCACGCCCUUGAAGGUCGACGAGUUUCAUGGGAUGAAGUACGUGAUUGGUCAUUAGAAGAUCUUUCUGAGAAACUUGGGGAUGAAAGACGUGCAGAAUUAGCUUAUGAUUCUAUUCAUCAAGUACCACAUUAUGUUUUAGAAGCUUCUGUACGUCCUCUUACGCGUAAUAUGUUGUAUGUAGAUGUUGACAUCACUCCAGAGUUUACAUUUAAUGAAACUUUACAUAGUCGAACGGCUGGUGAACUUCUACUUACGAUUGAACACACUAAUGGUCGUAUUUUACAUCAUGAACGAGUAUAUUUAACAGGUGAAGUUUUACGCAGAAAUGCAACCUUUUCUGCACCUACUAUUGUUGUUCCAAUUGUUGAACCCAAACCUACACAUUAUUUUGUACGUUGUCAGUCUUUACAUUGGCUUGGUGCGGAAUGUUCUGUUGCGGUUUGUUUGAUGAAUGUACGUUUACCAGAUGUAGCACCACCCUUGUUGGAAGUCCAUCUACGUCCUCCUUCAUUGGAAGAUGAUGAAGGUAUGCGGGAUGUAUCGGCAACACUGCAGCCGUAUGGUUUAGAAGCAGCUGCAGAAAAAGUAUUUCCAUUCACAGAAUUCUUUCCCACUCAAUAUGAUCUUGUUGUGCCUAUUAUGGAGAAUCCUACAGAAAACAUUUUUGUAGCCAUUCCUCCUGGUGGUGGACGUACAACGAUUGCUGAAUUAUUUAUUCUACAGUUUUUGCUGGAGUGUGCGUUACUUCAAACAGAGACGAGUACUAGUACUAUUGGUACUGAUAAUAAUAAUAAUAAUAAUAAUAAUAAUAAUAAUAAUAAUAAUAGUCAUAAUACUCUUAUUACUGAAGAGGAACAGACAGAAGAUGGAAUCAUACCUGCAACGAAACGCAAAUUAUUAUAUCUUACUGCACAUGAUGCCUCUGCAACGCGUCGCCUGCAUGAAUGGCGAUAUAAAUUUGGUGAAGGUCUAAAACAACGAGUGGUGAAACUGGAACCUUUUGGUGAAGGAUUAGAAGCAAAGGAAGAAAAAGUACGACACGCUACUAUUAUUAUUGCCAGUGGUGGAAGUCUACUUCCUUUAUUACGUCGUGGAGGCAAUAAUUGUCUGGCUGGUGUCACCCAUAUUAUUGUUGAUCAUAUACAUCUCAUACGUGCACCAGAAGGAAGAUGGAUGGAGGAAUGUAUUGCACGAUUACAAUCAAAGCCAUAUUUGGUAAAUAAUGGAAAACAACCCGCACGUCUCCUUGCUCUUUCAUAUCCAUUAAUAAGUUGUACAGAGGUAUCACGAUGGAUGAAAAUACCACAAUCACGACAAUAUAAUUACGGUAAUUCAUACCGUCAGUUACGUGUACGAUUAGAAGCUGUAGAUCACGGUGGAGCUCGUAAUCGUUAUGAGGCCGCAACCGUAUCCGCCAUUAAGUUAUUACAAAGAGAUCGUUAUGCAUCAACACCAAGUGUGGUGUUUGUGCCUUCUGCUCGAGAUGCGGAGGAACUCGCUAAACGUGUUCUUCUUAGAUGUCGUGAUUUUGUUCCCACUACUUAUAUUGAUGAAGUAGAGGACCGAAAUCUUUCUCUUUUACUUUCUGCUGGUAUUGCGUACAUGCACCGUGGAACAUCCUUCCUUGAUGAACUCUUUAUUCUUGAUCGUGUGGAGAACCCCUCACGACAUCCAGAGAGUGAAGCCGUACUUCCAUUAAUAUUAAUUUGUACAUUUGAAGCUGCAUGGCGUUUACCCGCUGCUCUCUUCGGCACGGCUUUUGUGUGUGCGGCGGAGCGUACAUCGGCGGCCUUCUCUUCUCGCACCUCCACGGCGGAGGAUGCGGGUGGGGCCUCCUGCACAGACUGCAGUGUGUCGGAGUUGCUGCAGAUGACAUCGCGGGCAUUAAGUGAGGCGGUGGUGUACUGCCGAGCGGCCCGGCGGUGGGUGUGGGGGAAAUUAUUGAAUGAUCCACUUCCACUGGAGUCGUACUUGCGGUAUCCAGAUGACUUCCGCGAUGCGUUGAACGCCGCCGUCGCACAGGGACGAGUGACAGAUAUGCCAAGUGCUUUGCGUGUAUUGCAGAGUCAUUACUUUUUAUUUCAUCUACGUACAAAUCUGCACUUUUAUGGGGUACCAACACGGGAGGAUAUUCCGGCGUAUGCGUCUGAGUUCGCACGUGUAGUGAUUGCCGCACUGCAACAAGCCGGUUGUGUCGCCGUGAUAGACCAUAAUAACAAUGAUGAUAAUAAUGAUAAUAAUAAUAAUAAUAAUAAUAAUAAUAAUAUCAGGGGAGAUGAAGGAGAAACUAUACGACCUACACCACGAGGAUCGGCGGCCGCACAAUACGGCAUGUCCGUAGUGUCUGUUGAGACUAUUGCCACUGCCGCUGCUGCUUCUUCUUCUACUAAUUCUAUUGGUGGAAGUGGAGAUGAGGGUCGUACCUCAACAACAGGAACUCUGGCCUCAUCCACAUUAUCUUCAGUGGCGGAUAUGUGGCGUCUUGUGGCAUCAUCUUGUGUGGAGUUAACACCACCGUAUGUGGGAGACGCUGCACGCAUAACAGAUACCGCAGAGUUACAGGCAUUACAGACAAUAGCACGUGCAUUUCCCGCUGGGUAUGAUGUGCGAUACGUAGAUUUGGACUUUUCCAAAGGUUACACAAAGGUGUUACUACUUAUUUUGGCUCACUGUGCACGUAUGUUCAUUAGUGAAGAACAUCUAAAGAAAUAUGAGACUAGGAAUGAAUCUGUUACGGCUAUAAUACAUCCAUUGGCUUCACCAUCUUCAGCUGCGGUGGAUCCUCAACUUCUUCUUGAUAUUCCAUAUGAUGUAGCGGAACAAUUACGUGCAGAUCUUUAUGCACUACUUCCAGCAGUAUUAGAUGUGGUACGAGGAGCAUGUGAGAUAUUUGAUAAUACCACACAAUGGAGACAAGCACGUUAUUUAAUGCGUCUGGCAUCACAUAUUGAGAGACGUGUUUGGGGAUGUGAUGAUGCACUUAUGCAAUUACCUUGUGUACAAGAAACAACAACAUUACGUCAGGUAUUGAAUACAAAAGAUGAAGAAGGUGUAUCUUGGUCACUUGAACGAUUACAAGAGUUAUCUUCACAAGGUGCUGCCGCAGAGGCUGUAUGGGUGAAAUUAACAAAAAAACUGGUGGAGUACGGUGUAGUAACAGAUGCCACUGCAGGAGCUACACUUGUGAAAAGACUAUGCACAGAGUCUCUCUCUAUUCCUCGAGUGACAUCCAUGACGGCUAAUGGAACAAUAGCACUUAUGGAUACUGGACACACUUUUGUCGUUCAUGUAGAGGGAUGUAUUACCUGUACAUCCCCUUUAGUCUCUUCUUUCACUUCCUCUACAGCAAGUGAGCAAUUAACAUCAUAUCAGAGUCGUAAUAAAUUACUUGGACCAUGGUGGGUAUUAUGUGUAUUACGACAUCAGGGAAAGAACGAUGGGUCAGAGCGGUUGAUGGCAAUCUCCGUUGUCACUCCGGAGUCUCUCGCAGACAACAACGGCAAUGAAGAGAGAGAAGAUAAAACGACAUCAGAGCAACAACAACAACAACAGCAUGAAGAAGUCUCAUCAUCAUCAUCAUCUUCUUCAUCUCUGUGGCGUAUUAAGGCUUCUCUUACCUUCCCGUUAGAGUACGUGGAUGGAGAGGAUUUAGAUACAUUGGCCAUGACAGCAUCUGUGGUCUCUGCACGGUACCGGGCUGACGCUGAAACGGAUGUCGUUUUCGCCGAAGAGUGA